AUGAAGUUCUCCCUCACCAAACUAGCCGUUUUAUCCUCUCUUACUAUCCUCUCUUUGGCUCCACGAGCGCUGGGUCAAGAUGAUUCCAGUACAGACGAUUCAAGCACGGGCGAUAGCGACUCCGGAUCUACUACUCCCACUCCCACUCCGGGACCAGCAACACUCUACGCCAUCGAGUUACCCAAACUGGGCGAAGAGCCGAUCCCAUUUCCUCUCGCCAUGCUUCUCGUCAAGAUCCCCAACGGUCCCGAUCCCUACUCACCCAUCGCAGUUGAUCCAGAAGGCGCAACAUACUAUCGAGGAGUGGAAGCUCGCGCCGCGUUGAACAGGGUAACCUACGAAGACGGCAGCUUGGGCAUCCAUACCGGGAGUCUAGCCACCACUUAUACAUAUACAUUCCGCGCCGACGCAUCCCGCAUCUACCGAGAAUACAAAACCGACGGGACAGGUCCGCUCGGAGGCAAAGCAAAAGUCCACAUCAUCGAUGACUGCGUGCACAACGGCGCUGAUAGCAAUAUACCAGAGGAAGAGAGGGAAAUGAUUUGCAGCGCCCAGAUCGUCUUCGCUGAAAGGGCGAAGAAUCUCCCUGACGGUCAGAAGACGACCUAUCACACGGUGGAGCACACAGUUACUGCAGGAGUUAGACCUUUGACAACUAUCACCGUCCCCGAGAAUUUGGUGCUACCCACUGAGACUGGUUGGGAGUUCGGCGCUGCAGUGAGGCAAGGGAGUACCAGUACAGCUUCCCUCCUGCUCGGUUUCGUUGUCGCAUGCACAGGUCUCGCACUUUAUUAA